AAUUCAUGAAACUCACGAAGUGCUGGGAUUAUAGGAAUUUUAUGUAAUCUUAAAACCAAAUAAUCUUAGAUAAUAUGUCUCAAUGCCUCAAUCUCUUACAGAUCAUCAUAUCCUGUAAGUGCACAGGAUUUGUAAUUUGGUCCCACCUCAUAAAUAUGGAUGUCCUCAAACCCAAAGCAAGCAGCAAGGUUGCCACAAGGGCAACAGGGUCUGCCAGUCCCCGCAAGGGUCCGCCAAAGUUUAAACAGAGGUCAAUCCGCCAGUUCAAAAGCAAACCCCCAAAGAAGGGUGUUAUUGGAUUUGGUGAAGACAUUCCUGGAAUGGAGGGUUUAGGAACUGAUUUUAAUGUCAUCUGCCCUUGGGAGGCUUACAGUCACCUGGAGUUACAUGAGCUGGCUCAGUAUGGUAUCAUAUGAGGUCACUUCCUGUUCCAGUGCCCCUCCCCCAGCACAAGUCAUUUUGAUAUUCAUGUACAGCAACACUUUUAUCACUAUUAGAACAGCACUGAUACAUUUGCAUAUAAUUAACUGAAUGUUAUGUACAACACACGUGGACCGUUUCACAAUGUAUCUUAUUUUAUGUCACAAUGUUUUAUUCUUAGGGUUUUUUUUACUCAAUAACUUAAUACCAUUGUCAUAUUGGCAUCAUGUAACAGGCAUUUUAGGUGCCAGGUGUCGCUUUUAAAAGCUUUUGACUCUAAAGUAAUGAAUGCACAAAAUGUAGUAACAGUAGUAUCAUUUUUUACUCUGAAUGUUUAUGAAGCUGCAUAAAAUUAUAUUAUCUGAGACAUACACAUUUUAUUGGGAAUACUAUUUAAGAUAGAUAAAAUGCGAAUCUUCAUUUUGUUUAGCUGCCAAGUUGUGUCUUGUACAAAUGUGUUGUCAUUGUGUGUGUGUGUGUGU